AUGUUUCUUUCAUAAAUAGGUAUAUAAUAUCCUGCUGGGUGUAGUCUGCACAUAUUUAUAAUAGUUCUGCGAAAUUUGUGAAAUUUAUUUCAAAAAUGUAUAUAAAAACAAAAUCGGUCACGGUAUUAGUUGCGAUAGACCACUGUGCAUUUUGGACAACAAUAGCAGUGCUGCCAGUUUCGAACGUCAAGAAAAACGGAGUAUGUUCGAAAACAUUUGCACAUCAUUUCGCCCGUGGCCAUUUUGGAAAACAUAGUGACGAUGAACAGUAACAACAUGGAAAAGCUUUCAAAAAUAAUAGUAAAACGAUAUUUUCCAACUGCUGAAAAAAUAAAGACACCAGAUCUUCUAACGGAUGAAGAGUAUCAAAUCGUGAAGAAUUGCGGACUGAACGAUUUACUCAAAACCGAAGCUAACCCGGCUGCGCUGGAUAGGAUUUGCGAAGGAGAAAAGCAACAGACGAAAGAAUUUUAUGAACAAAAAGAAAAAAGUUACAAGCGGGGUAUUUCCAAACUGUACCGAAAAACUGGAAAUGAUCCCGCACAACCACGUACUGUUCCGGGAUCUUCUGUCGUCGAUAGUCAUCGACCCAUUACGGAUGAUAAUCAAACAUCUGCUCAUGGUAAUCAACCUCCCAGUGGAGAUGCUCAACCUUCGGUGCAACUUAUUGCGACUGAAGGUUUGAUGCAACCGACCAGGUCAAACGAAGCAAAUGAACCACAGAAUGAUCCGUAUCUGUUGCGCGAAGAAAUUACACCCAUACCGAUCGUAAUGCCAUUAGCAGUUCUGCCGGAAGAUGAGAACUUUGGCAGCAACGAUGUGGAUGGAGCACGGGACUUUUUGCAACUGUGCACCGGCGAAGAGUUGCCACCGAUGUCAAUGAGACAAACAAUGACGCGCGAUAUGUUACUUUCGCAACUGCGCAGCAUUCCUGCGGCUCCACCGCUUGUGGAUAACUUUCAGGAGCUGGAUUUCAAAGGCAUUAAUAUGCCCAUGUUUGCUCCCACGUUGGGGUCCAGUACACCGCUGGAAACGGGUACUGUUCCAGAGGCACAAAAUCCACUACCAGCUCUAGAGGAAUUUGUUCCACUUCCAGUACAGGAAAUAGUAAUCGGACAAUCCGACGAUGUAGCCGUUGGCACUGCUCCGGUUGAAACUGUUGGAACGUUAGGUCAAAUAGUUCCAACGACAGCCGAAACGGUUCCAAUAACACCACAGACGGUUCCAAUGACAGCUCAAAUGGAUCCAUCGGCAGAAUGCUCUAGACCGGCUAAUUCAGGGAUGGCAACCAGGCCACUAGCAGUAGAAAGUAGCUCAUCUUCAGAGCUGUCAGAAAUGCCUGCACCGCGAUCAAGACCUGUAAGGCGAGAGGCCACGUUUACGGAGCGUCUAGAACCGUUCGGAGUAAUCGUAUCAACCCCAAGGCAAAGACGAAAUUUCGAUAUCUUUAGCUUUCCUUGUUAUGCGAUCUGGAACAAAAUGAUACAGGACGUCCAGAACCAAUUGUCCGAAAGGUGCAAACAGUUACAGUCGCUCGAUGUAUCUGUAAUGCGGGAUGCAGCGCAGGAAAAAAAAGUUGAUUCAGGCUUCCAACAGACACCGAACGAAUUUUCGCACCGGCCUACUACAAUGAGUGUAACCGAAACAUCAAAUUUGGUAACGAUCAGUCAAAAGGUCGAUAAAGAGCCAAAUGUCCCUUCAAUUCAGCGCAAUACGCUAAUGGCAACAGAUAUGGUUACAAGCAUGGAACCAUACGAACUAGAAGCAUUGGGCUCCCUUGAUGGAAAGUUAUCGGAAGUAUCGGAACGUUUCAAUUUGAAACCAUUGGCGGAACCAACGUCUACCAGCGAUCCAAAAACAGCGGCAGAAAGGGUUUUGCCGUUAGAACCUGUUACGGUAUUACAGCAAUCGUCGAAAGUUAAUGUUGUCCAUCCGGUAGACGAAGCGGACUCACGAUUACCCAAAAAACGUAAGCCUGGCAAACGUAACAAGAAAAUGAUCGACCAAGAUGAACAUGGUCCCGUUACAGACAUUAGCUCAGUGCUGUACAACCAGGCAAAGGAGCUCGAAACGAUUUCGGAACAAGGCGAACCAGUAGAGGAGAUGUUACCAUUAGAUGCAAUGCUCGUCGAUAUAUUGCUCACAGUGCAGGGAGCACUCGGUAAACCGAUGGCAAUGCAACGCUUAAGGCAGUUAUUGGGGAUAAACUCGCGAUUAGGCGUUUCCAAGCUAUUCAAAAAUAUCAUACUUUUACAGCAAGCAGAUCUGUUGGCAGUCGAGUGUAACUCUGAACAUCGCAUUACUUAUGUUAGUUUUAACUUGCCACAGGUAAAUGAACCUGAAGUUGUGUAGUUUACCUAGUAUGACAUCAUACAUGCUAGGCGGCAAAUAAUAUCUAAAAACAAUUUAGAAAUAGCAAUAAUCGGUUGCUAUAUAGUUCAGAAUAGAAUCAAUGAACUGUUUUGGUUAAACACAUUUAACUUUUUGCUGCGAUUCCAUUAAUUUAUCCAUUUU